UCCUCUAUUCCUUCGCUCUAAUUUUUUAUAAAAAAGUUAUUCUUUUGAAACUAAGCAAAUUAGCUUAGGGUUUUUCUCUUAAAAAAAACAAAACUUUGGGUUUCAAUUUACUUUUUCUUUUUUAAUGGAACCUCGCGUUGGUAAUAAGUUUCUACUAAAGGGAAAAAUUGGUAGUGGUUCGUUUGGGGAGAUUUAUUUAGGUACUAACAUCCAAACUAAUGAAGAGGUUGCAAUUAAGCUUGAAAAGGUCAGGACAAAGCAUCCUCAGUUGCCGCAUGAAUCCAAGCUGUACAGAACACUCGAGGGAGGAAUUGGAAUUCCAAAUAUGAAAUGGUUUGGAGUGGAGGGAGAUUACAAUGUUCUAGUAAUGGAUCUGCUUGGACCUAGUCUUGAAGAUCUGUUUAACUUCUGUAAUAGAAAGCUCUCCCUAAAGACAGUUCUCAUGCUUGCUUAUCAAAUGAUUACUCGUGUUGAGUUUGUUCAUUCUAAAUCGUUUAUCCAUCGAGAUAUCAAACCAGAUAAUUUCCUCAUGGGCUUGGAAAAGAGGGCAAACCAGGUUUACUGUAUUGAUUUUGGUUUAGCAAAGAAAUAUAGAGAUAGUUCAACACAUCAACACAUUCCUUACAGGGAAAAUAAGAAUUUGACUGGAACUGCAAGAUAUGCUAGCAUAAAUACCCACAUUGGCAUUGAGCAAAGUCGAAGAGAUGAUUUAGAGUCUCUUGGUUAUGUCUUGAUGUACUUUCUAAGAGGAAGUCUUCCUUGGCAAGGACUUCAGGCAGCAACAAAGAAACAAAAGUAUGAGAGAAUCAAAGAAAAGAUGGUUUCUACCUCGAUUGAGGCUUUGUGUCGAGGUUAUCCAUCAGAAUUUGCAUCAUACUUCCAUUAUUGUCGGUCAUUAAGGUUUGAUGAUAGGCCAGAUUAUGCUUACCUCAAAAGAAUAUUUCGCAACUUAUUUAAUCGCGAAGGAUUCCAGUUUGAUUAUGUGUUUGAUUGGGUUAUUAUGAAGUAUCAGCAAUCACAGCUAGCCACUCCUCCAGUACGUGCUAUUGGGCCUAGUCCUGGAACUAGUUCUGGAAUGCCUCCUGUUAUGACUAAUGCUGAUAGACAGACAGGAAGGGAAGAAGGACGUCAUCCUCCUCCUCAUGGGUUGGUUUCGAUAGACUAUUCAAAUGGAAGAAUGUCAGAACCAAUUUUAAAUUCUUCAAAUAUUUCAAAGCAGCAAAAUCCAGUCCCUAGUGAUGCUGCUGUUAGUAAGAAUGCUAUGUUAUCAAGCAGUGCCAAUGUCUUGGGUGAGUCAAGCGGGUCAUCAAGGCGAGUUGCUCUUAUUAGUAGCCGUGAUGCAUUUUGUUGUGUUGAUUUGGAUAAUCUUCAUGCUCGCACUACUGAAGCUAUCCCCGGAGCAGCACAUAGAAAUUCAAGUUGGCAAAGAAGUUCACAAAUUGGAACUUCAAAUCCAAAGAGAGUAGCAUCAUCUACUAGAAAUGGUUCUCAUGUCAAGAAUUAUGUAACUGCAGUCAAGAGCAUUGAGGGUUUGAAAAUAAAGAAGGAUGAUGCCCAUUAA